ACAAUUUAUUGAAGGCAACAAUGGAACGAUUUGGAGUAAAGUCACCCCCUUCCCGUAACCGCUCCAAGACCGCUUUGUAUGUCACGCCUCAGGAUCGUGUCACAGAGUUUGGCAGCGAACUGCAUGAAGAUGGAGGAAAACUCUUCUGUACCUCCUGCAACGUGGUUCUGAAUCAUGUCCGCAAGUCUGCGAUCAACGACCACCUCAAGUCCAAAACGCACACGAAGCGAAAGGCAGAGUUUGAAGAACAGAACGUCAGGAAGAAGCAAAGGACUCUGACUGCCUCCCUUCAGUGCAACAGCACUGCUCAGACAGAAAAGAACAGCGUCAUCCAGGACUUUGUGAAAAUGUGCCUGGAAGCAAACAUUCCGCUGGAGAAGGCCGACCACCCGUCCGUGCGGGCCUUCCUGUCCCGCUACGUCAAGAACGGCAGUUCCAUACCCAAGUCGGAGCAGCUAAGGAAAGCCUACCUGCCUGACGGCUACGACAACGAGAACCAGCUCCUCAACACCGAAGACCGCUGAGAAGAAAACUGUUCUCCAUCAUCGUUGUGAAGUUUUACAUAUUGAUGGUGUCGUUUAUUUUUAUAUUCAUGCAUAUAUACAGUGUUACAUAUUGGUUUUACAAGCUAUUUUGUAUUAUUGUAGAAAUGACAAUCUGUUUGUGAACUUAGUGAUAUGCCACAGACUGUUGCUAGCCCUGCUGUGGGCUCCAGAGCUACAUCGCUGUAGAA